ACAACAACCUCUGAAGGAUCUGAGCAAUCUAACUCCUCUGCAGAACCUGUUAUGGAUGACAGCUCAAGCCACUCUAGCACCAUUGUCGACUCCGGCAACACCCACCAGUCUGGCUCUACAACAACCACAACGACAACAACCUCUGUAGGAUCUGAGCAAUCUAACUCCUCUGCAGAACCUGUUGUAGAUGAUAGCUCAAGCCACUCUAGCACCAUUGUCGAUUCCGGCAACACCCACCAGUCUGGCUCUACAACAACCACAACGACAACAACCUCUGAAGGAUCUGAGCAAUCUAACUCCAUGGUAGAUCCUGUUUUAGAUGAUAGCUCAAGCCACUCCAGCACCAUUGUCAACUCCGGCAACACCCACCAGUCUGGCUCUACAACAACCACAACAACAACAACCUCUGAAGGAUCUGAGCAAUCUAACUCCUCUGCAGAACCUGUUGUAGAUGACAGCUCAAGCCACUCUAGCACCAUUGUCGACUCCGGCAACACCCACCAGUCUGGCUCUACAACAACCACAACGACAACAACCUCUGUAGGAUCUGAGCAAUCUAACUCCUCUGCAGAACCUGUUGUAGAUGAUAGCUCAAGCCACUCUAGCACCAUUGUCAACUCCGGCAACACCCACCAGUCUGGCUCUACAACAACCACAACGACAACAACCUCUGUAGGAUCUGAGCAAUCUAACUCCUCUGCAGAACCUGUUGUAGAUGAUAGCUCAAGCCACUCUAGCACCAUUGUCGACUCCGGCAACACCCACCAGUCUGGCUCUACAACAACCACAACGACAACAACCUCUGAGCAAUCUAACUCUUCAGUAAAACCCGCUGUAAAUGAAAGCUCCAACCACUCUAACACAGUUGUUGAUUCCGGCAAAAAACACCAGUCCAGCUCAACAACAACCACUACGACAACAAUGAAUUCUGGGUCGGAGGGUAAUAUUGGUGUCAGCUCACAGCAAUCUGACUCAGGUUCAAGCACUACAACUUCUGAAAAAUCAAGUUCUUCUGAUUCUUCCGUGAAAGGAGGCUCAAGAUCUACAACAACAACAACCGUAAUUAAGGAAACUGUACAGUCUGGCAAGCAGAAGAAUAGCUCGGGUACCUUCGUUAUGCCUGGUAAAGGUGGUGUUAACUCCCAGACAGUCAUUUCGAAGACGUGGUCCAGUUCAACUAAUCCGUCUACUCAAUCAAUCGAAAAUAGUAUCAACCAGGGUGGUCCCAAUUCGGGAACUUAUGGCUCUCACACUUGGACUAAGCAUUCCAGCUCAACAAACGGAAAUUCCUAUCAACCAGGUAUUCCUGGCGUUAUUGGAAAGGUCAUAAGAAGGGUUCAGGAAUCAAUUCCACUCGGAGCAAAUGGUAGAGAUGCUCGACAUACCGGAUCCACAUCUUGGUCUCGCCUAUCGAGCUCUUUAUCAAAUGAUGGCACCGACAAUUCGCAGAUUAACAACGGAAAUUACAACGCAAACAAUAAAGGAGUAAGAUUCAGUUCUACGGGCAUGAAACGCACAACCGGCGCUCAGUUCGGAGGUGGACCUUAUCCUUACUGGUGGGGAUCGCAAGGAAGUUGGAUGGGACAUAAUCCGGCAUGGGGAUAUCCUUAUGGAGCUGGAUGGGGUGCUGGCGCUUGGAAUGGUCGUUAUGUAACGAAUUAAUACAUUUACAGCAACUGUUAAAUUUACUUGUAUAACGGCUAACAUGAAUGACAGCAGUGCUCAGUACCGAUUUUAAAAUAUAUAUGCAAACAAUAAAUAUA